AAUAUACAGACUCGUAUAUACUAUGUCGUUGGUUUGCGAUCGCGACUCUCGUGUACCUGUGCAUGACUUCUCUGCAUGCAAGAAGCCUGGGCGCGUCGACCAAAUCUCCAGGAUUUCGCACACGCGGUACGGGUACACGCCGCCGUUUCUCAGGGGGCAACCAAAACACCUGUCAUCCUGCAUUAGACUGUAUCUUUUUUCCACGCUCUAGCCUCGAAAGGUCGCUGAGAGAUGGCUUGCGCAACCAGCGGUUCUGCCGAGCGGCUGUAUCGCUUACAUUGAGCAGAAAGAGGUCAGGGAGUGGACUUUUGCGAUGAGGGGUUUGCACGUUUCAGGAAAGGAGCAAUAUUCCAAAGCUUUUGAUACCGAAUGUCUGACCCAGCAACCUGGAUGUGCUGAGCACUGUUGGUAUAGGUGCACGACCGUGGUGUUCAUUGGCCUGGCUCAGACUGAGAGCUUUGCUGUAGAUUCGGCAAAGCGGUGCACAUUUGGGAAAUCAACUAUUCCUCACAAACACAUGGGUGUUGCGCGAGGGCAAUGGCAGUUCAGUAGGUAGAAAAAUAACCCGGCGAACUUUCUGAAAACAGCCGCACUUGAGUCAUGGCCGUCUUGUGGUGUUGCAAUAAGGGAGUUUCCGCUUCGUGAUCUCAAGCUGUUAAGCUGCGGCGAAAGAAACCUGUCAAGGCCAAGAGAGCAGAUUCUUAUGUAUGGACCAGCAUCAGUCAGUGUGAUCGACUACAUCAACGUACGAAUGAGUUCUGUUCGAUAGUAGAGAAAGGU